AUGCUCGUGCAGCCGCUGGCCUGGGCACGCAGCGCCUCGCACCGCACUUUACGGCACCAUAAAUCCCGACUUCUCCAGGGGCAACAGGCACGGCGGUCACCUCACGCCCCCAGCACCACCUCCCGCACCUCCUCCCUGGCCCCCGGCCUAUAUGUGUCGCCGUCGCCGGCCGCCACCGCCGCCGCCGUUGCACCCUUAGCAUGCACAGGAGCACCGCAGCGCCGCGGCCCACGGACCCUCAGGACGCGGCUGCCCCUUGUCGGCCCGCCACCGCCGGACAAAAAACCCUCUAAGCCCAUCAUCACCACCAUAUUCACAGCGGGCAUCACCAGCCCCUCCAGCACCAUCAACAGGAGGACUCAGGAUGCAACUUGGGCAGUGUCCGAGGCAACGAGUAAAUGUGUCCCUGCCCCGCCCCUUGCCAACCCCUACACGCCCUCACCCACCCCUGCCCCUCUGUAUUCCGCCCACUACACCACAGGGACGGCCCACGGUAGAGGCGCACUGACCCCACUAACGACCCCCGCCCCGCCACGCCCUCGGGAGGUGUGGACAGCGCCGCGGCCUCCUGGGGCUCCUGAAGGGGUCUGUUCCUCGUGCCCCGGCCACGCCCACCGCCCUACGAAAGAUCCGCCGGAAAUCAAAACUGAGGCUCUCGCUCGCUCCUGA